AUGUCAGUAGUUGUGUGUCAACCGUGUCAACUGUCAGCUGUUAUUGUAUAAACAUACUACAUUUAUUUAUUUUAUCUUUAAAUCAAUACAAAUUACAAUACACUGUACACAUAUUAUACAAACGAGGCGGAGCGAUCUGAGAUCAGCCCGAGCCUAGUAAGUUGUGAGAGCUCCAUUGUCGUUAUCGACGUAUCAGCAUUUCGACGUCGAGUUCCAAGUACCUAGGGUAUACGUAUUCACUAUUCAAAGUCAUGACUAUUGGGUGAAUGCUGCAAUUAUUAUUUACGAUGUAAUUUUAUUGUACGAAUAACUUACGACAAAUUCUAUCUAAACUACAAUAUUACGAAUACGAGCUGAAAUUCAAAAUGAGCGAUGAAAAGCGGCCGCUACUCAUAUGUCCGAAUACUCCUCUUGAUAAUUCAGAUGUUCAAACUGUAGAGUUGGUGACUAGUCCUGAUUUAUCACUCAAAGAUGAAAAGCCAAAGAAAUGUGGAUAUAACCCGGCAUCUGAACGGUAUUUGGAGCACCCUACGUCUAAUUUGGAUACCUUAAUCCACCUGUUGAAAGGCAAUAUUGGCACAGGAAUUUUAGCCAUGCCUGAUGCAUUCAAAAAUGCUGGACUUUUACUGGGUGUGAUUGGAACAUUGUUUAUGGGGGCAAUAUGCACGCAUUGUAUGCAUAUACUAGUGUCGUGUUCCCAUGAGCUGUGCGUCAGGAAUCAGAGACCUGCAAUGAGCUUUGCUGAUGUAGUGGAGGAUGCUUUUGCUAUGGGACCCAUUCCGCUUAGACCAUUUGCAAAAAAAAUCAGGAAUAUUGUCAAUGUAUUUCUAGUAAUAACACAAUUAGGAUUUUGCUGUGUUUACUUCUUGUUUGUUGCAACUAACCUGCAGGAUACAAUGCACAUUUUCCACAUAAACCUUGGUGUACACAGCUACUUAGCAUUAUUGUUUCCACCAAUGUUGGCCCUGGGCAUGGUUAAGAACCUAAAGUAUUUGACACCAGUUUCCCUGAUAGCUGCUAUUAUGACAGCUUGGGGACUAGUUGUAACAUUCUAUUAUAUCUUACAAGAUUUACCUCAUACUAGCACUGUGAAAGCGUUUGCCGCUUGGCAUCAAUUGCCAUUGUAUUUUGGAACAGCUAUAUAUGCUUUUGAAGGCAUUGGAAUGGUUUUGCCGUUGGAAAAUAACAUGAAGACUCCCGAAGAUUUUGGAGGUUGGACCGGUGUUCUGAACACUGGGAUGGUGAUAGUAGCAGCUCUUUACACCGCGAUAGGAUUUUUCGGAUACUUGAGAUACGGAGAAAAAGUAUACGGCAGUAUUACGCUCAAUUUACCAAGUGACUUGUUGGCUCAAAGCGUGCGAGCUGUGAUGGCGGCGGCGAUUUUUCUCUCGUACGGACUUCAAUUUUACGUGCCGAUGAAUAUUGUGUGGCCAUACAUAAAGAGCAAAUUGACUUCAGACAAGGCGCUGGCUUACGGCGAGGCGAUCACUCGAUUCAUCCUUAUCUCUAUUACAUUUAUUGCGGCAGCAUUGAUACCCAACCUGAGCAGCAUCAUUUCACUGGUGGGAGCUUUCAGCAGCUCAGCGCUGGCGCUUAUAUUCCCACCAAUCAUCGAGAUCAUUACGUUCUGGCCUGACCGAUUCGGGAAGAAGGACUGGAUGCUAUGGAAGGACAUAGUCCUAAUCAUUUUUGGUAUAACUGGUUUCGCUUUUGGUACUUAUGCCAGUAUUAAAAAUAUUCUGAAUCUCCCAUAAACAAUUUCUCAAUCAAAUGUGUUUUACAAAACCAAUAUAGGUGAUGCCUAGAUAACGUAAACUGAUUGUAUAAGGGCUUAUAAUGUUACUUUACAUUUAGUACCUGUAUGGUAUGGAAAAAGUAUCUAGGUAUGACGUGAAUAUAACUGAAUAUGUAUUAUGUCGAUUUAAUUUUGUAUUCGCUAAGAUUGUGAAGUUAUAUUCAAGAGUAUGAAGUUUAUAAAUUUCGUAUUCAUAUUCAGUAUAAAUAAAGUAGAAAAAAACCUUUAUAUUCAAAUAAACCAUCAAAUAGGGUUUUUGUAGUAUUGCAAUAUUUUAAUAUAUAUUUUCAAUUUUUUAUUAUAUUAUAGUACAAGAUCCGGCAUAUGAAAUGUAUACCCUCAUCUGGUAUUUAUUUGGGAUAAUAAAUAAAUAAAUUUUGUAUGAAAAAUAUGUCUGGACCCAAUUUAACUAUUGCAACCUAUUUGCAAUGUGUCAUUGUGAAUAAUAUCUGUCAUUUAUUGUUAUCAUUCAUUAAAAAAUAGAUGAGUGUGUACAUUUGUAAUCCCUGAUCUUAGUCCAUUAUGUUUUUGUUUUGACCACUUUCAAAUGUCAAGCCUCAAGCAGUCAUAUUGUGAUCUGUAUUACGUUUAUCUAAGUAUUGCCUAAACGAACCAUGACAAUAAUAUUAAAUAGAAAUUAUGCGAAAUAUUUACAUUUUGUUUAGUCAAUAGGUGUAGUUUCAAAGAUGAAAGUGAUCAAAAAUAUAUUAACUUAUUUUAAGAGAUCCUAGUAUUAAUGAAUUUUCAAAUCGAAUAUAUUUGUGUACGAAGCUAACGGCAGAGAAUUUAUAACGUAGCGGUGCAUACAUUAUUUAUUGUUUUACUAUUUAGAUUGUAUUUGAUAACAUAAGCUAAUAAUUUUAAUAGAAAAUUGAUGUAUACAAUUUUAGCUGAAUGUCUAUAAUAAGGUUUUUCUAACACUAACAGAUCAUUUUCCAUUUCAUAAAUAUAUAGAAUUUGAGCAUUAUGUAAACGAGAAAGCAAUAUAUGAAUUUUUAAAUGAAAUAGCAAAUUUCCCUCAUAUAUUUCACAAGAAAAAAUAGAUUUUAAUAGAUUAUAGAAUUUGUGAUAAUGAUAAUCCAAUAUCGAUUUUAAAUACUUAUUAAUAAAUAUCACAAGACCGGUAUAUAAUAUAGCCUGUGAUGCUCACAAAUAACGUGGCAUUUUAUUGGUUAAAUUAUUGGUUCAGUAGAUCUAGAGAUUACACCUACAACCUCACAAACUUUACCGCUUUACUAUAUUACUUUAGAAAAACUAAUCACUUCCCAGAUUAUAUUACUUAACUAUUAAAUGUGUUGGAAUUAAUUAAAAUCCCAGAUUUGGUUUUAAAUAAAUUUAAAAUAAUAAUCAUUAUGAAAGUGUCUUAAUAGGCAUAGACUAUAGAGCCGAUAUUGAUGCUAUAGGUAAUAUAAAAGUCUAGUUUCUAAAUUAUUAUAGUACAUAAUUAAUUAUGGAAUAUAACAAUAUUAAUUGUACCUAUUUUUUGUAAAUCGGAAGGAUAUUUAACUCCUAAAUUUUAGUUCAGUGUGUCCUUUUUUUCUUUAUUAAAAUAUGGUUUGUUUAUGUCUUAACAUAAUUAAAUGAAAAUUAUUAAUUUAUUGAAAUCAAAAAAUAUAUUUGUAUAGCUGUUUGCCAAAGCAGAGAAGUCGAAUGCGCUGCUCUCUAUAUUAAACUUAAUAAACAAAUUAGAUUUAUUAUUAUUAUAGUAGUAAUUAUAUUAUUGUUAACACAUUUACCCAGAUACAUAGUACAGUCUUUUUUUUUUAAUUACAACACGAGUUUAUUUGCAUAGAAUGUAUAUUACGAGUAAAAUUAUAUCCAGAUGAAUAUGCUAAUAUUCAACAAAAUACAUAUUGCAAUUCACAUAAUUUCACAUAAUGAAUAUGCUUAAUAUCUAAAGAAAAGAAUGAAUGCAAAAGAGGCACAAUUAUCCGCCCACUUUAAUAUACUCGCGUCAUAUUAAAGAGGGCGGAUAAUUGUGCCACUGAGUAUAUGUUUGUUAUGUUACGUUUAAAGUUGGUAGGUAACCUUUUAAUUUCUACUAAGGUUCUUGAACUUUACAGAAAACCAUCGAUGCGUUUUACAUUCGUAGCAUUUUUUUUGGCAUUGUUUAUUUCUGAAUAACACACAAUGUGUAAAGCGGAAUGACAUGAAUAAUUUAUAACAAUUUUAUUUUUUUUCUAAUUUUUUUGUACCUGCUUUAUGCUUUUAUUAUAAUCUUUUACUCUACAAUUCUAUAUUUACGUAUAGGUAUACCUAUAAUUUUGUUUUAUAUUUUUAUUAAAUACCUAGUUAUUGACAUGUGAUAUGAAAACGUUCAAACAUGGUAGCUGUUUAAUCAAAGUACAAUAAUGUAUUGUUUUUAUUUUCAAAGGGUUUUUAUAUAAUUUAUUGUUAGUUUAUAUUUAGUUUUUCUGAUUUAAGCUUACUAAAUCGAAGUAAUUAAUUUAACAGUUAAUAGAAAAUAAGACUACUGGGUACGUAUUUUUAUAUUACAAAUACAUUAAAUAAAGAUGUAUAGAAAUAUACAUAAUCAAACAUAUAAAAUGUUGGCAUUUAACCAAUGGUUUAGAUUAUAAACAGGCUUUUAAAUUAAAAAAUAUUUAUAAGUUCUCUAGAUUCAAGAUUUUAAUUGUCAUAUAUAAAACUCAUUAAAAUCGUUCAAGCCAUUUUCGUAGAGUGUCAUGAACACAAACACUGGGUCAUGAGAUUUUUAACCGACUUCAAAAAAGGUUUCUCAAUUCAACCGUAUAUAUAUAUAUUUUAUAUUAUGUAUUGAAGGUACUUAUGCUGUAGUGUGUGUAGGUAGAUUAUGUUGUUAAAACAAUUAUAUUUUUUACAGUUACGCCAUUCCGUUAUACCAGUAAAUUAGGCUAAUUUCUCGCUACUACUUUUAAGUUCGUCAAAAACCAAAAACAUAUGUACCUGAGUAAACCACUCAAAGCUUAAGCCUGGUCUUUGUACUAAUAGAAAUAAAAUAUUAAACUAUUCAAAUAUCGUCUACAAUGUCGAGUUGUGUUUUCAGGAAAUGUAUAAACUAUAUAUACAAACAUAUAUAAUGGAAUUAAAAACAAAAUUGUGCAUGUGUGCGCUCAGUA